UCUCAAACAGAUACUAUCUGGGUUUUGUUUCAAAACCCGCAAUGGAGACUCAAUCACCUCUCUCAAUCCAACAAACCCUGCAGGAACACGAAGUCCCACCAAAGCCCUUCAAGAAAAGCUUCGUUACUUCAUUAAUGGAGGCCGCCACCCUUCGAUCUUCCUCUUUCAAAGAAGACACCUACUUCGUUUCUCAUCUAAACUCUUCGGAGAAGAAAGCUUUACAAGAGCUCAAAGAGAAGCUCUCGAUCUCUCAUGAAUCUGCAUCCAUGUGGGGUAUUCCACUCUUGGGUGGCGACGAAAGGGCUGAUGUGAUUCUUCUCAAGUUUCUCAGGGCAAGAGAUUUCAGGGUUGCUGACUCAUUUACAAUGCUAGACAAGAGUUUGGCUUGGAGAAAAGAGUUCAAAGCUGAAGACAUUGUGGAAGAAGAGUUGGGUUUCAAGGAACUCGAAGGGAUUGUAGCUUACAUGAAUGGGUACGACAGGGAAGGACACCCUGUCUGCUACAAUGCUUAUGGGGUUUUCAAAGACAAACAGAUGUACGAUAGGAUCUUUGGGGACGAAGAGAAGCUGAAGAGAUUUCUUAAGUGGAGAGUUCAAGUUCUGGAGAGAGGUAUUAAGCUUCUCCAUUUCAAGCCUGGUGGUGUUAAUUCUUUGAUCCAGGUUACCGAUCUCAAAGACAUGCCCAAGAGUGAGCUCAGGGUCGCUUCAAAACAAAUUCUUUCUCUGUUUCAAGAUAAUUAUCCUGAAAUGGUUGCUCGGAAGAUUUUCAUCAAUGUUCCUUGGUACUUCAGUAUGGUGUAUUCGAUGUUUAGUCCAUUUCUUACCCAAAGAACGAAGAGCAAAUUCGUGAUUGCUAAAGAAGGGAAUGUUGCAGAGACCCUUUACAAGUUCAUAAGGCCAGAGAAUGUGCCAGUUCAGUAUGGAGGGUUGAGUCGAACUGGAGAUUUGCAGAAUGGUCCUCCCAAACCAGCUUCUGAAUUUACAGUGAAGGGAGGAGAGAAUGUGAAAUUGGAGAUAGAUGGGAUUGAGGGUGGUUCGAGCAUAACAUGGGAGAUAGUGGUGGGAGGAUGGGAUGUGGAGUACAGUGCAGAAUUCGUGCCGAGUGAGGAAGGAAGCUACACCAUCGCCAUCGAGAAGGGCAAGAGGAUCAUUGCAGCAGCAGCAGCGACAGGUGAUCAUCAAGAAGUUGUGGAGUGUUCCUUCACAGCAAAGGAAGCAGGGAAAAUCGUGCUCUCCAUCGAUAACACUGGUUCUAGUAGGAAGAAGAAGAAGAAGAAGAAGGUGGCUGCUUAUCGAUACUUUGUUCGGAAGCCCAUCAGUAGCUGUGGUGUCAUGGAUUAG